CCGUACUGCCCGCCCGACGGCUGUUACACGUAGGAAAAGUUUCGCUGUUCCAUGUUAAAACCUGCCUUGCACUCAACAAACCGGCAAAAUAUUAGAUUUUGGCAUUUUUGUUUUCUGCAGUACCAGGAAUUCAAUUACUGAAAACGAUCUGGUGGUGAAAUAGACCUUCAUUUCGGUAGGAAACUGUAGAUGAAAACACUUCAACCUCCCACACGCUCCAUCAUGGAUGUCAACGCCCAGGCUACGCCCCAGGUGGGCUCCACCCACCAGCCCCUGGAGCAGUACCUCCUGCUGGCCAAGUCCACUAAGGGUGCGGCCGUGGUGGCCCUCAUCAAGCAGGUCCUGGAGGCGCCCGGGGUGUACGUGUUUGGCGAGCUGCUGGAGAUGCCCAACGUUCAGGAGCUGGCAAAUGGCCCAAAUUCAUCUUACCUCGCUGCAUUAAACCUCUUUGCAUAUGGAACAUAUCAAGAAUACAAGGAGAAUUCCAACCGGUUUCCUCAGCUGUCCCCUGUGGCCCUCAACAAGUUGCGACACCUGACAGUGGUGACGCUGGCAGCCAAGUCUAAGCACAUCCCCUACCCGGUGCUGCUGAAGGAGUUGGACAUGAAGAACGUGAGAGAGCUCGAGGACUUAAUCAUUGAGACCAUAUAUGCAGAUGUGAUUCGUGGCAAGCUGGAUCAGAAGAAUCAGGAGCUAGAGAUAGACUAUGCCAUCGGCAGAGACACAAAGCCAGAGGUGGUGGCGGAAAUAGUCAACGUCUUACAGGAAUGGUGUGACGGCUGCGAGGCGGUGCUGAGUAACAUCGAGGAUCAGAUCUUGCGGGCCAACAAGCACAGGGAGCACUGCGUCAAGACGAAACAACAGAUCGAGCAGGAGGUUGCCAGUAUCAAGAAGGCCAUCAAGGCAUCCUCGUCAUCAACAACACAAGACGUAGAGGACCAACACAUGGCCGCUGACACCAGAGAGAUGGAGGUGCAAGCGACCAAACCAGUCAAGAAGACCUCCAAGAUAAAGGGGUUGAGAGGAAGUGGAAAGCUGUGGACAAAGUCCAACUGAUACUCAAUUUGCUUCUUAAAUUUAUAUAACUGUAAAAUAAGCCUGCAGUAUGUGUUGUUACGGCUGGUUCAUAUUUCAGGCGAAUGCUGAAGCAAAGAGAAUGUGACAUCACCAAACAUUUGCUGUGAAAAUCACUCGAGUUGAAAAGUGUUCAACACUUUUUGCAAAUGUGCAUGAAUACAUGAUCUGACGUCACAAAAAUUUGUGUUUGCUUUCGCCCCAAAGUAUGAACCGGCCUUUAAUCUAUGUCGUGAAAAAUUGGAGCGGGCACAGCGGGCAUUGCACAUCACGAUCCAGUCACUUCAUAUUUCCUGUGUUCACAACACAAUUUUUACCUCAUUGUAUGUGCACCACGCGGUUUUCAAACAAUGAAGUGGCAGUCUACCACAUAGGUUUUGCUUCUGUAAAAAAAAAAAAUAUUGUCGGCAACCUCUUGUGCACAAGAGAAAUAUGUGUAUAAUUGAAAUAGACCAUAGUAUUUGGUUGAAUAACGCACUGAUGUAACUGAAUGACAGGACGAAUGUGGCAACCGACUUUCAGUGGUUUGAUCCACUUUGUCAUUGCUCACGUUUCCUUUUCAUUUUUGAAAUGAAUCCUGUAGACACAACCACAGGAAAGCAUUGUACAUCUGUACAUGAAGGGUUCACAGCAAGCGUCAGGGCUUAUGGAAUGAAAACAGUUCUAACACCAUCAUAUGUGUGUGGUCAUUUUUUCGUUUCUUUUUUUAUAAAAAUCCAAGGAUUCUCAAUUCAAACAUUUCAAUGCAUUUAAACCUUUUUUGGCUACAAACUUGUAGCAUGGACACAUUGGAUCUCAUGCCAAAGGUGUGAUCAUCCAGACAGAUCACUUGAUUUGUCACCUGAUCGAAUAGACAAAUUACACCACACUUUUCAAAAAAUGACAGAAAUAAUUGAAUGUUGGCAAGCAACAACAAAGCACUUCAUACUAUUAUGUAAUUUAUGUUUGUGAUAUUUUUCAUUCUGUAAAAAAAGGCAUAGAUAGAUUAUAUUUCAUAGACAGGAGUACUCGAUCCUUACUCUGUUGUUUUGGCAUCUCUGGGAAACAAUAAAAGUUUGAAACAGAAAUAGA